AUGGAGGGUAUUUUGGUGUUUGAUCAAACGAACGAUUUAAUCUAUCACAAUUUCAAUGAGGCGAUGCGAGAAAAAAUGUCCAAACAGGCUUACGAUUUGGGACUGCUGGAGGAGGAAUCAGUGUGUCCAACGCAGGAGCUUAAUUCGAAUGUUCUGAUACAAAUCUUCAGUCCGCUGUUGGCUUCACAAAGAAUCAUGAUGUGCCAGUUCGACAAUGCGUAUACCUCCAUCCAGAUGGACAACAACCUGAACGUCGUGUUCGAUGAGUUUUUAGGGUACAUUUUCCUGGAAAUCAGCACUAAAGAGGUCGAGCUGGUAAAACGAGAGCUGGGCGCCUUCAUUGCAUUUACCAAAUAUAUCUGUGGACCGAAUAUUUUCUCAAUUAAAAGCGAUGCAAGCAAAGUCGACUAUCUUACCGAUCUGAUUCUAACCUACCGAGAGCUGUACGCCGUCAAUCAGGGCGUACUAAUGGAAGCAAUCGAACAGUUGCUGGUAAAUGUGGAUGUGAAGAAUACGGUAGUGACCGCCCUACAGGCAGCCACCGAUCGGCUCAAGCAAGAUCCACACUCCCAACGAUCGCAUUCACUGCUAUUCGUUGGGAGUAAAUUCCUCGCACGCUACAGUACCCGGCAAGCACAGGAACUGGCUGCCGUCGAUAUGUUCUUCCUAAAUCUGCUCUGCCAAAUGCAUAUCCGCCGUAGAGAGCGUCAACGUAUCGUGUCCCAGAUAGUAUUCUUGCAGGGAAAUGUCCACCAAUCGUUUGCGGGCUGUGUGCCACACAUUGUUCACAUGGUGCACCUGUUCGAACACGUGUCCCUUGUGCUGGUUAUCGAACAUGCCCAUACCGCACUGGCAAGCCAUCUGUACGACGUUUACUUUGCUCUGCACAAGCUACAAAACCUACAGAUGCAGUUCGAUCUGGACAAUUUGCGUGGUGCAUUUGAUGCGCUCGAUACGUACACGAAACACACACAGGACGCACUGAGGAAGGUAAAAUCGAACAAUCCCGAGGUGGACGAAUGUAUCCGUUCGUUCGGCGUGAAGUGGGACACGCUGCGCCGCAAGUACACGGAUUACUUUAAAACCUCGGACAAUGCGUUGAUUGUGAAGAUUGAAUCGAACAUGCCGAUGUUUGUGGAAUCGGUAAAGGAACUGUUCCGGUUGCUGUGUGCGAGCUGUGCCACGCUGGAACAUGGACUGCAGCGUGUAACCGAUAUUGCGGAUGUGGCUGAAGGUAGCUUGAGCGAGGUGUUUGUAUUUUUGCGCGCGAAAUCGCAGAAAAACUUUACCAUGGGAUCGUACAUGGAAGAGUUCCCGGGUAUGGUGCACUUUAUGCACAUCGAUCGUUAUAAUGGAAGAAUUGUUGCACCGUCACUGGAUGAUCAUGAUCCGUCGGAUAUCCUUAAAAAUAGGAUAUGGUCGAUGGUUGAUUUUUCGCGCAACUAUCUCGACAAGGGUUACAUGUCAAUGAUCUGGAAAGAUGUGACGUUCAGCUACGCGUAUUUCCUCUGGUUCGAGGACGAACACGGUACGACCUUGAAGCCGAACGAACCGCCGAAUCAUGGCGCAGUACUACCCGCCACCAAACCCUCGCUGAUUGCCGGCAUCCUGGCGGGUGACUACUAUCAGCGGCUUAUUGAAACGUGCUUCCCGCGAACACCGUCCGGCAAGGUCCGGUGCUACGAACUGUUUCUUGUACAUCUCGGGCUCGUUACGUCAACGAUCGUGCUGGAGCAUUGCCGUCGGCUGGCCGUUACCAUUACGGAUCUUACGGGAUGCAUAGGAAAUCCGAUCGAUCUUCUGUAAGA